AUGUGGCUUUGGCACAGUUCCAUAACCAUCACUACCAUGCUGGCUAGCAUUAUGUCCGAUUCAUUGGCAGCAGCCACAACAAUAGCAACUGCCCCUGCAACCGAAAUGCAACAUAAGCAGCUAUACGAGUAUAUAGACGUAACCUCGAGCUUAAGCUAUUAUGCCAAUGAGACGAGUGGGCUAGAUAACAGCACCUUCAGGCCCAACAACAAUCGCAAUGGCUACCUGCCGAACACCACAGGCAGUAUUGCGCUUCAUCCCACAGACGAACUGUUGUACACCACUGAUUUACCCACUUACCAACACUGCAUUGCCACACGCAACUCGUUCGCCGAUCUCUUCACAGUCGUCCUCUAUGGGAUUGUGUGUAUUGUGGGCCUCUUUGGCAAUACGCUGGUUAUUUAUGUUGUGCUGCGAUUUUCCAAAAUGCAAACAGUCACAAAUAUUUACAUACUCAACCUGGCCAUAGCCGAUGAAUGUUUUCUCAUCGGCAUACCCUUUCUGCUCUACACCAUGCGUAUUUGUAGCUGGCGCUUUGGCGAGUUCAUGUGCAAGGCCUAUAUGGUUAGCACAUCGAUAACCUCAUUUACCUCAUCAAUUUUCCUAUUAAUCAUGUCCGCAGAUCGUUAUAUAGCUGUCUGUCAUCCCAUUGCUUCGCCACGUUAUCGCACACUGCAGAUUGCAAAGCUCGUUUCAGCCGUGGCUUGGUCCACAUCAGCAGUUCUCAUGCUGCCCGUCAUCCUUUAUGCCAGCACCGUGGAGCAGGAAGAUGGCAUUAACUAUUCCUGCAACAUUAUGUGGCCGGAUGCGUAUAAGAAGCACUCGGGCACCACCUUCAUACUGUACACCUUUUUCCUUGGCUUUGCCACACCCCUCUGCUUCAUUUUGUGCUUCUACUACCUCGUCAUACGUAAGUUGCAAUCGGUGGGGCCCAAGCACACAACCAAAUCGAAGGAGAAGCGCCGUGCACAUCGCAAAGUAACACGUCUAGUACUCACAGUCAUCACAGUCUAUAUAUGUUGUUGGCUGCCCCACUGGAUGUCACAGCUGGCACUUAUUCACUCCAAUCCAGCGCAACGCGAUCUGUCACGAAUCGAGAUACUCAUAUUCCUCCUACUGGGUUGUCUAGUCUAUUCCAAUUCGGCUGUCAAUCCCAUACUUUAUGCCUUCCUGAGUGAAAACUUUCGUAAGAGCUUCUUUAAAGCCUUCACCUGCAUGAACCAGCAGGAUAUUAAUGCACAACUACAGCUCGAACCGAGCGUUUUUACGAAACAGGGCAGCCGACGCAGGGGCGGUUCAAGACGUUUCCUAGCGCCCAAUCCACAGCCACCACUACAGGCACUUAAUGCAGGCAACAACAAUUCUUCUACCACAACAUCCUCGACCACAACGGCCGAAAAGACGGGCUCUACCGGCGCCCAAAAGUCUUGUAGCUCGAAUGGAAAAUUAGCGGUACCGGCUACUUCCGAGAACUUGAUUAUUUGUCUAACCGAACAGCAGGAGACUUUCUGUACGACUGCACGACGGGGAUCUGGCGCCAUGGAACAAACGGAUUUGUAAUGAAAUACAAGCGGGUACAUAAGGCAUUUUAGUCGAUCAUAAUGGUUGGCAUUUAAAUAAGUAUAGAGUAACAUUUUCUAUAGAAUAGAACAUCUCUUGUGCAUUUUCUUUAAAAAGGUAGUCUAAGCAAUCUAUUCAAUGUUAAGUUAAUAUGUACUUCCAAUGGUUUGAAUUGUCACUUCUCACAAAAUUGAAUUUAAACUUCUUUCGAACUAUUGUAAGCCUCCAAGGUAACGACACCACUAAUUAAGG